GGGGGCGGCGCGGGCGCCCCUGCGCGGGGAGGCGCUCGCCCCGCCGUGGGCGCCGAGGGGCCGCCGCCGCUGGCGGGAGCCGCCUGCCGCAAGGACGGGGUGACUCCGGCCGCCGCCCGGCUCCGCAGCGGCGCGGCGCGGGAGCCGCCUUACCCCGGAGCCCGCCGCGGGGCGCGGAGCCGCAGUGCGCGCCUCUGUGAGGUGAACAUUUUGCCCAGUUCUUGGACUCUUUUGGAAAAAUUUUCCUUCUAAGAUGAUAGUGUGUGGUUGAACCAUCCGGCCAUAAGAUCGCUGAACAACAACUUUUUCACGUAAGUUGACAAAAGCGGAGGAGAGAUGGCCAGUUCAGCCCGAGAACAUCUGCUUUUUGUGCGACGUCGCAACCCACAGCUGCGGUAUACUCUGAGCCCAGAGAAUCUGCAGAGUUUGGCAUCUCAGGGCACCAUGGCUGAGAAUAUGAACUUGCAGCGUGCCAACAGUGACACUGAUUUAGUGACCUCGGAUAGCAGGUCUAGUUUGACAGCAAGUAUGUAUGAAUACACCUUGGGGCAAUCUCAGAACCUCAUCAUUUUCUGGGAUAUUAAGGAAGAAGUAGACCCAACUGACUGGAUAGGACUUUAUCACAUAGAUGAGAACUCUCCAGCCAACUUCUGGGAUUCCAAGAAUCGGGGAGUGACUGGCACACAAAAAGGACAAAUUGUAUGGCGAAUUGAACCUGGCCCCUAUUUUAUGGAAUCUGAAAUAAAGAUCUGUUUUAAAUACUACCAUGGUGUUAGUGGAGCCCUCCGAGCUACUACUCCAUGUAUCACUGUGAAAAACCCUGCUGUGAUGAUGGGAGUAGAAGGCACGGAUGAAGGUGCUUCUGGAGCCCAGCACUCUCGGAAGUUAGUCAGCUUUACCCUAUCAGAUAUUAGGGCAGUUGGACUUAAAAAAGGCAUGUUCUUCAACCCUGAUCCUUAUCUGAAGAUGUCCAUUCAGCCAGGCAAGAAAAGUACGUUUCCUACAUUUGCUCAUCAUGGCCAGGAAAGAAGGUCAACUAUCAUCAGUAACACAACUAAUCCUGUUUGGCACAGGGAGAAAUAUUCUUUUGUUGCACUUCUAACAGAUGUCCUGGAAAUCGAGGUUAAAGACAAAUUUGCCAAGAGUCGUCCGAUCAUCAAGCGCUUUCUUGGGAAGCUAACCAUACCAGUUCAGAGACUAUUGGAGAGACAUGCAAUUGGAGACCAGGUUCUCACCUAUAAUCUUGGCAGAAGGCUCCCAGCUGACCAUGUAAGUGGAUAUCUCCAGUUCAAAGUGGAAAUCACAUCUUCUGUUCACGAAGAUGCUUCACCAGAAACAGUUGGCACUUUGCUAGGAGUGAACUCUGUAAAUGGAGACUUAGGGAGCCCCUCCGAUGAUGAGGACAUGCCAGCGGGACAUCACGAUACAUCCACAGUGUGUUCCAAUGGUCCAGUCCUCGAGGAAUCUUCUGGAGAAGCAACCUUGAGACACCCUUUAAGGACUAGUACAACUCUGGAAACAGACCAGGAUGACUUGACCUCUGGUGCUUCAAGAUCAUCACCUACCAGAGGUCGCCAGGACUCACUAAAUGACUAUCUGGAUGCAAUAGAACACAAUAAUCAUCCCAGACCUGGGACGUCUGCCUCUGGUGAGCGUCCACGUGGAGCCUCUCCAAAACUGAGAAGUAGCUUCCCUACUGACACAAGACUUAAUGCUAUGCUUCACAUUGACUCAGAUGAAGAGGAGCAUGAGCUACAUCAAGACCUGGGUUUUCCAUCUUCCUUGGAAGAUGACGGUGGUUUAGUAAUGCUUAAUGGUGCUACAAGAAAUGUUGAAAGAAAUGGUUUAACUUACUCAUCAGAUCAGGUAUUGCAGGGGCCUGCAGAGAAUGAAAACGUUUCAGCCUCUGAAGCUCCUUUGCCAUCAACUGGUGACCAGCAAGAGACCCUCCCAGAGCUUCCACGAUCACAGUUAGCAGGAGGUGAAAGCCUGCAAGGUUCUGUAAGUGAAACACCAGGAGACCAGGCUGGCAGUGAGUCGUGUGCUGAUCAGGAGGCAGAACAGCUUCCUAGCAGUGUGGACACAGGAGCUGCCAGUGCUGCUGCCGGGAGCAGAAGGGGUGUUAGCGAAACAGAAUCCAUAGAUCAGGGGUCUGAACCUUCCCAGAUGUCAUCAGAAACCGAGCAGAGUGAUCCUGCUCGCACGGAAAGCGUCAGUGAGGCUAGUACCCGGCCAGAAGGGGAGAGUGAUGUGGAAGGGGCAGACAGCUCUUGCAAUGAAAGUGUAACUGUGCGACGUUCCUCAGUUGAAAUGCGGUGUUCUUUUGAGAGUGCCAGGUUUCCUGAGACUCCAGCUUUUUCUUCUCAGGAAGAGGAAGAGGGAGCUUGUGCCACUGAUGUGGUUGGAAUUGAGCCAGGUGCUGAAACACAGGACUCUGCAAGUACUUCUGGUUCUCUGCCUGCAGUACAGUUACCUCAGGAAGAAGUACAGGAGGCUGAGGCAGGUGAAUUACAAGACCAAGAGGAAGCAGAAGAAAUCUGGCAAAGAAGAAGCAGCCUGCAGGCAGCAGCUGCCAAUAGCCAGUCUCUGGAUGAAGAAACUGAAGGAGCCCAAGCAGCUUGUGAGGGUGCCACAGCACAGGUUGAAGGAGCUACUGGAGGUUCUCAAGCCAAUGGCCAUCAGCCCUUGAGGUCGCUGCCUUCGGUACGUCAGGAUGUUAGCCGGUACCAGAGAGUGGAUGAGGCUCUACCACCAAACUGGGAGGCUCGAAUUGACAGCCAUGGACGGAUUUUUUAUGUGGACCAUGUGAACAGGACAACAACAUGGCAGCGACCCACAGCCCCCCCAGCCCCACAGAUUCUCCAGAGGUCAAAUUCCAUACAGCAAAUGGAACAGCUGAAUCGCCGGUACCAGAGCAUCCGAAGAACAAUGACUAAUGACAGGCCUGAAGAGCAUACAAAUGCUGUGGAUGGACCUGGAGAGGAAACUGAAUUUCACCAUUCAAAUGCAGAUUUUCGAAGAGAGAAUGUGCUGCCUCACUCUACCUCCAGAUCCAGACUUACUUUAUUGCUCCAGUCUCCUCCUGUGAAAUUCCUUAUCAGCCCAGAGUUCUUUACAGUGCUGCAUUCUAACCCUAGUGCCUACCGCAUGUUUACAAAUAACACGUGUUUGAAGCACAUGAUCACCAAAGUCCGGCGGGACACCCACCAUUUUGAGCGCUACCAGCAUAAUCGUGAUUUGGUGGGCUUCCUCAACAUGUUUGCUAACAAACAGCUGGAGCUGCCAAGAGGUUGGGAAAUGAAACAUGACCAUCAGGGCAAGGCUUUCUUUGUUGACCACAAUUCCCGCACUACCACGUUCAUUGACCCCCGGCUUCCCUUGCAGAGUAGCAGGCCCACUAGCGCGUUAGUCCAUCGGCAGCACCUAACCAGACAACGCAGCCACAGCGCUGGGGAGGUCGGAGAGGACUCCCGUCAUUCAGGACCACCAGUUUUGCCAAGGCCAUCUAGCACAUUUAAUACAGUCAGCAGAGCUCAGUACCAGGAUGUGGUUCCAGUGGCUUACAAUGACAAGAUUGUUGCGUUUUUGCGGCAGCCCAAUAUCUUCGAAAUUCUACAAGAGCGUCAGCCAGAACUUACCAGGAAUCAUUCACUCAGGGAGAAGAUCCAGUUCAUCCGGACAGAGGGAACACCUGGGUUGGUGCGUUUAUCCAGUGAUGCAGACCUUGUCAUGUUACUCAGCUUGUUUGAGGAGGAGAUAAUGUCAUAUGUGCCGCCACAUGCCUUACUUCAUCCUAGUUAUUGCCAGUCCCCAAGAGGCUCACCGGUGUCUUCACCUCAGAACUCUCCAGGUACUCAGCGUGCCAAUGCCCGAGCUCCAGCUCCUUACAAAAGAGAUUUUGAAGCCAAGCUGAGGAACUUUUACAGGAAGUUGGAGACUAAAGGAUAUGGACAAGGCCCAGGGAAAUUGAAAUUAAUCAUCAGGAGAGAUCACUUGCUAGAAGAUGCCUUUAACCAGAUAAUGGGCUACUCAAGAAAAGACCUGCAGAGAAAUAAACUCUAUGUCACAUUUGUUGGGGAAGAAGGGUUGGACUACAGUGGACCUUCACGAGAGUUUUUUUUCCUCGUGUCUAGAGAGCUCUUCAAUCCAUACUAUGGUUUGUUUGAAUAUUCAGCCAACGAUACGUAUACAGUACAAAUAAGUCCCAUGUCUGCUUUUGUAGACAAUCACCAUGAGUGGUUCAGGUUUAGUGGUCGAAUUCUUGGUCUUGCUCUGAUACAUCAGUAUUUGCUAGAUGCCUUUUUUACACGUCCCUUUUAUAAAGCCCUCCUCCGAAUACUCUGUGACCUGAGUGACCUGGAAUAUCUUGAUGAGGAGUUUCACCAGAGUUUGCAGUGGAUGAAAGACAAUGAUAUACAUGAUAUCCUAGAUCUCACAUUUACUGUAAAUGAAGAAGUUUUUGGGCAGAUCACAGAACGGGAAUUAAAGCCAGGAGGUGCCAACAUCCCAGUCACUGAAAAGAACAAGAAAGAAUAUAUAGAAAGAAUGGUGAAAUGGAGAAUUGAGAGAGGAGUUGUACAACAAACAGAGAGUCUAGUCCGUGGUUUCUAUGAGGUGGUUGAUGCGAGGCUUGUGUCUGUGUUUGACGCCAGAGAACUGGAACUGGUUAUAGCUGGAACAGCAGAAAUUGACUUGAGUGACUGGAGAAAUAACACAGAGUAUAGAGGAGGUUAUCAUGACAAUCACAUUGUAAUUCGGUGGUUCUGGGCUGCUGUGGAAAGAUUCAACAAUGAACAACGACUAAGACUUUUACAGUUUGUUACAGGCACGUCCAGCAUACCUUAUGAAGGAUUUGCCUCUCUACGGGGGAGCAAUGGUCCAAGAAGGUUCUGCGUAGAGAAGUGGGGGAAGAUCACUGCUCUUCCAAGGGCUCACACUUGUUUCAAUCGUCUGGACCUUCCCCCUUAUCCAUCAUUCUCUAUGUUAUAUGAAAAACUGUUGACAGCAGUUGAAGAGACAAGUACUUUUGGACUUGAGUGAUACACAAACCACAGUGCCCGCCUCAUUGGACUUUUGUGGAUCUGUCUUCUCAAGGAGUGAAUGAACAUUUGUAUUGGAUUUCCUAGACGAAAAUUAUUUCACGGUGCAAUUCAGAUAAUGAGGUUCCAUGAAAGAGCUUAUGAAGCAAUUAAAAAAGCAUUGUGGUAGGGGCAGAAUCCUCUACAGUGAAACUAGAGUGUGCCUGAUGUGCAGGGAAAACUGUGUCGUGCAAUCCAUGGUUUUUCAGGACGGCCAAACUUCUUAAGUUUAUGUUCUGAGCAAACAAGAAAUGUGAUCCCAUGUUACGAUCAACCUGGCUACUGCAAAACCGAUACAUACCCGAAAACUGGAUUUCAUCGAAGUUGUUGAAUAGAAAAAUCAAGUCAAAAUGUGAAAUCAUUGAGCCCCUUAACUACCCAGUAAAUUAUGAAAAAAAUCAUACAACGGAUCAUCUUUUUUAAUUCAUGAAGGUACCUUACUUUAUGUCAUAGGUUAUAAUAGCAUAUCUAGUAUUUGGCUUUACCCAAGACUACGAGUGGCUGCAUGGUGUGCACUACAGAGCUCAAGUUCCCGGGGCAGAAAUGAAUUGGAAGGAAAAUCAGCAACAAAGGAUGUAACAACAACUGCUUGCAUUAAGGAGGUUUGUGGAAAUGUGUUUGCUAGUGGUGUGUAUGACAAAAGAUGAGCUGUUAUAAAGAACUUAAUAACUUAAUAAGACUGAUUUUAUGCUUUAUACUGCAUGGAAACUGUUUUAAGAAGAAACUAGCAAUUUAUCACAGCAUAUCAGGAAAAAACCCUAACACAGUGAAUUCUGUUUAUUUUUAUAGGUUCAUUAUAUUAUGUUUCUUAGAGUGUAAACAGGAGACAAGCAAACUAAAAUGCCAUUUCUGUUUUUGUCACUUUCCAUGCCUGAACAGACAUUCUGCUAGUGUUUAUUCUUUAAGCACUCUCAAGGGAAAAAAAUGCCUUUUAUUUUUAUAAGAGUAAAAACUCCCAAAAAUAUUUUGCACUGAAUGUACCAAAGUUGAAGGGACAUUAUGAUCUGACUGAUAGCAAACUGCAUCACUAUCAAGUAUCUGUAAAAAUGCUUAGGAACCGGGCUUUCUUCACGGUGCCAUGUCUAUAGAUAUCAGGACUGUGCACAUAAGUAAUAAUUUUAUAAUACUAUAUGUGACAUUGUAAUAUGCAUUUAUUUUAAAUGGAUCUGGGUCAUUUUUCAUGCAUUGGAAAACUUAAUGCAGUGGAGUUUAAUACAGGUAUUUCAUAUGCUCCCCACAACUUUUUAUUUGUACAGCACCAUGAAACACUAGCUCAUUUUUAAACCCAUGAGUAACCUACUUUAAGGUGAGCCACUGGUCACAAUACCACUGUCCUGUAUCAGUGAACACCUACAAGAUGUAAACUGUUCAUAGUGUCUGAGCUUGCAUUUUCACUGAUAAAUAGCUUUCUUAUCAAAUGUUAUUUGAAAGGGUUUUUAUGGCAUAUCAAACACUGCAUGGACACCAAUUUCUUUAUGCUUAAUUUGCUGAAGUACACAAGGCUUGCUAGCAUCUAUUUUUGGUACUUUCCUCCAGAUGGUCUUGUGGAACACUUGUGCAGCUGUGCAUCAUUUCUUCUACAGCUGCUGUCACGCAGUGCAUCCACCACAUUUUAAAAUUCCAGGAAGUUGCACUUGGAUAGUGGAUGACAAGAACAUGAAUCUAGCUUUGCACUAGCCCUCUUGAUAGCACUGCAGCACAGUACACCCUGUUUUGUGGGAAGAGUAGCUUCUGAAGUAACGUUCUUACUUUGGAGACUCUUGUAAGGGCAUCUCAGGGAGGUAUCCUGCUUGUUCUUGCAGGAGGUUUUUUUUGCAACGGAGAUGAACGUCUGUGGAGAUGUCAUCAGCACAGACUGCCACUCCACCCUCCAAGUUGGAAAGCAGGUGCAGCUGUGGCAGUAGCAGCAAAGACUGAGAAAGCCCUUCACACUUACUGAGAAAGUGUUUCCUGUGCAAAGGAAAAGCCACUUGCAAAAUCAGAAUGAAAGUAUUUUUAUUUCCGGAAUAAUUGAGGUUCUGCAUGACAUCUGGAACUCGCUUAAGUAACAUAGAUUUUCUUAUGCUACUUCUGGCUGGUAUGAAGUAGCAAAGAAAAAUCCAAACAUGUCACCCUAUUUUUACACAUAUUUACCAGUCUUUGCUAAGAUCGCAUGUCACAUGUCCUAACACAUAUCUUUUUUCAGAACACAAAUGAGCAGUAGGCAAACUGACUUUUCAUCAGGUCACUCCAGCAUGGCUCAUGUUUCAUAUGAUCCAUUCACUGAGUAGCUAAAACUCUGGCACUCAAAGCAGAAUGCAACUUUUGCUUGGUUGAAGGACUGCAGAAUUUUGAUUUUACAAUACUGUGUUAUCUGUGGUCUAAAAAGGAGAUUUCCCAGGUGGAAACUGUAUCUACAAGUUUUGAACCAGAAAUUCUUUGGAAUGAAAAGUUUAAAUAUUUGGCACCAAGUAAGUUUAUACUAGCCUGCCUGUUAAGUUAUGCUUUUGUACAGAUCGAAAACAAUAAAUGCAUCUUGUCAAUUUUUAUUUAAGUAUAUUUACUGUACACAUUUGUUCUGUAUUUAUGCAUUUAUAAAUAAUUUAAAUCAGCUGUGAUGAUCCGGUAUUCUGUAAAGCCGUGACAGGGUCACCAGUGGGGCAGCUGUCGGUUAAAAAAGGAAGACAAUUCUAGAAUCCUUGUAGCAUAUGACUGAGACUGAGGAGAAGCUGCUGCUUCCUCCUUUGCUGCCAACAUCACCUGAGGGACUCUAGAAAAAUGCUGUUUGAAAGUGAUGAGGAGUUAGCUGCCCAGAAUAUGGCCACCUGUGGUGCCUUGAGCACUUGGCUGGCUCUUUGUGUUGAUAUGAACAGUGCUGCUGCUCUGAACAGAUUAGCAGGGAGGGAGUAUAGCAGAGGAAGCCUGAGCUUUCUCAAAUACCCACAUCUCCUGGCUUCUGUGUGGAAUAUUGUCUCCUCAGUGUGGGAAGCCAUUUCUAUUAAACGUAUCCCAGGUAAAAGCCAACUUUCAUGUCCUGCAGAUGACUGCAACAGGUUGCUGCAGUCCUUUUACUUACAAGGUGCUGUGGCAGGCAAGAGGGUCCAGAUAGAGAAAGACUGAGAAGCCUUUCUGAAAGCUCUGUAUCUCCUCAGCUUUCAGAUGGUGUGAAGGAGCUUUGCAUUUAGGGAGGGGAAAAAAGCCAGUCAACCUGAAGUAGAUAAAAGAUUCCCUGCAGCUAUUGUAGGAUAACAGCUCGUACUAACUUAACCCACAGCAUCUCCAUGAGACAGUAUGGCUGGGGAGGUGCCAAUGUUUCCUGCUCUGCCAGGAAGGGGAGGCAUGCACUGCUAGCCAAAAAGCAGCUAGCAGGUCCCUGCAGCCCACCUGGCUGGGCUGGCGGCACGUGCCUGUGAGUGGCCUCUGUCCCCGGCACCCCAGGGCCAGGCCCAUCUCGUUCCAGGUCCCAGCACCCCGGCCAAGCAGAGGUGCGCUUCGCUCACCUGGCACUGCUAAGCAGUCAGUUUAAUCGUAACACCCCUAAAUACACCAGAAAAGCUUGCAAUCAACGAAAUUACACACUGUGGCAAGUAGUUACUGGUUCAACAUCUGCAAGCCAGCAGCAGUUAGGGGAGCAGUGGUUUUGCCCACAGCAGGCAGGAGACAGCCAUCUGUCACACCGUCAGCUGCACCUUGCAGGGUAACAUGGGACAGCCUUCUUUCAAUCCCAAAUAAAAUCCAAUUUAACACACAGUUCUGCUGACCAGAAGUAAACCUUUUGCCCCAUUCCCUGCCUGCUGUUUUUCCUUAGUAUUCAUCACAUAAUUCCGUUUUUUGCUUUUAAACGUAGUUUUGUUAUCCUUGUGAACCUACCAUAAAAAGGUGUUAAUAUGGCUUAGAGACUGUCUAGAGUGAAAUCCAUCUGUGUACACAGGCCUGCUGGGCACCACAUACACUCCAUAUUGAAGCAGUUAACCUCGGGUCAUGUAUGGUGAAUAUAUGUAAUCUUUGGGGAAACUGAAAAUCUAGGCAGCAGCAUGCUGGCAGGACAUCAGACAAAGUUUCUGGCAUGAGUUAAACUGGCAGAGCACCGGACUGGUAGUUUGCUCAGUUCAAAAUUAUAGGAAAGAAAAGAGUUCUGAGCUUCCUUAUGUAUUUUUAAUCCUUUUAAAAGUUUUUUAAAAAGGCAAAAAAAGAGCUUCCUUCUGAAGCAUUCAUAAUGGUAUCAUCUGCUUGCUAAAUGUAAUCUCAGCAGUAUCAAUUGCAGAUGUUUACUGAAUUUCUGCAGUGGUAGCUGCGGAGGUUUCUGGAGAUACUUGCAAGCACACUGUCUCUUGACUGAGGAGGGAAUUCCUGUGCGCAAAAGGGGAAUCUGCAGCAGCUGUGUUUGAAUAGCCUGUAUAAGUUCAUUUCCCAUAGCAUAAAGCAAGAUAAUUCUUUUCAGCAAAUGAAAAUUAUUUGUAUUAAAUUAUACUAGUAGUUACGUUUUUCUUGCUGUUUUUUUUAUGUGGAGGGGUAAUUUAUUCCUGUUAGCACUAAUGGGAAUUGAGCAAUAAGUUUGGUCUCCAGUCAUACGAUCACAGACUUAGCUUUAACAUUAACCUUACAGGUAUUAAUACUCAACCACCACUGCUGUUUCCUCUUCUCAUCCUUUCCUCCCCGGACAAGCAAAUUGAACUUCAAGCAAAAUUUCAGAAUAGUUACUCAAACCUGGCUUCUAUUUUGGCUCAAUUAUAUGGUAUGAAACAACUGCAGAGAUGUUAUGGGUUGACUAGCUCACCAAUUAGAAAUAAAAAAUCCUUUACAAGUUUAUUAGUGUAACCACAGUGGCUGCUGUUGGACUAGUCUAACUUUUUGCCUAAAUAUUUUAAAAUAAAAAAAGGGGGUUAGGGAGUUGAAUUUGAAAUUGCUUGUUUGCAGGAAAAAUAAAUAAAUAUAAGUAGUAGGGGAGAAGAAGAGCCUUAUUGUAAAGCCACUAAGGCUGAAGGCCUUUUUACAACCCUUUUUUUUGUGUUAGCAGUAUGCAAAAUUAUAAAGCUGACUAUAUAAACGUACCGUUUUCACCGUGUGUGUUGGUUUAUGUUUUGCUUCUCAUUCAAAUAGACCCUGAGCUUCAUAGUGCUUCUGUUCAGUUUUGGGCUGACUAGUUUCAGCACUAGACUACUACUAUUAAAAUGUUCAUUGCUAUGAAAAGUUUUUUAUUCAAAUGUUUUAGUAUUUUCUAAAGUAAUUUUACUGUAAAGAAAGGUAUUGUUCAGGUUGAAACUUCAUUUAGGGCUCUAAUUGUUAGGCUUUGCUCAAAGCCAUGUUACGCAUAGGUAUUUUAGGGUAAACUCAUGAUUAAUUUGAAAGUUCUGUUUAAGAUCAGUGACAUUAUAAUGACCUCCCGGUCACUGCUUAGAAAGGUCCUCCUGACUGUAGGUGAAAGGAUGACAUGGUCAAGGACUCUUCUGGAAUGGUUACCGUCCAUUGCAGUAUCUGAAGGUAUUCGAAAUGCAAUUAAAAUAUCUUCUUCAGGACUUUAUGAAAUAAUUACUUAGGUUCAUUGGUUAGCCCCCUUCCAAGUCAAUUACUGGAAUUUUGAACUUGCUUUCUUUAUGUACCAAAUGCAGUCAGACUACACUGCAGAAUGAUAAUAACAAAUAUAUAACUACAGAUGUUUUCUGACACAUCUCAGAGAUACCGUGAAUGGGAAAUAGAGCUGAGCUACGCUUCUUUCAAUCCUUCCUCCCUUUAAAAACUUCUGAAUAAUGUAAAUUUUAUUUUGUUUUUUAGUUGUCUCCUUUUUCAAACUUUGAGAAACCUCUCACUCAGCCCCUACUAGAACAAACCUUGGCUACUUAGAGGGCUUUUGCUAAGCACUCAGAAGGUAUACUGUUCCACUAAUUUAACAGUUUUGUGCUGACAUCAGUGUAAUCAGCUCUUAAAUGUAUAGCCCUAAAAAACUCCACAGGACCCCUGUCUCCCUUAUUCUGGGCUGCCUUCCAAAGGCCAGCCAUCCUCUCCCUUUUAAUUGCACAUAAUCCUACCAUCACCCAGAGACAACUGCUGACCACCCUCACUGACUGUAGCCAUAGUAUCAGAGCAGGUUUGUUUAUUUUUUCAUCAAGAAUUAAACUGGUGUCCUUUGCAGCUCCCUUCAGUCUAGAGGGUUGAUAGGAUCACAGUUAUUCCGACACGUAGAUUGUGAGCAGUUUAAGAAAAAUAUUCAUAAAAGAUUUUAGAAAACUGUUGAUAAGGUAUCCAAGGGUAAAAUGUCCUUUCAUUUUGGUUUUGUAAAAUUAAUAACAAGGCAGGGGAGUUUUCUUGCAAUGUUUUCUAUCGCCAGAAUUUCUGAGCCCCCAUGGGCUGCUUCAGGCUGUUGGCUGGGAGGGUGAGUAGCUCUUGCAGUCAGGCAGGUGAGUGCUGGUCCAGAAAUCAUGGCAGCAUGUGAUUUAUUACCUCAGUGAGGACUGUGCCUUCCACAGAUGGAGGCUUUAUUGUACAGCUCUUGAACUGGUUUCUUCUAAAAGCUCACUCGUAUCUGCGUUGCCUCUUACCUGCAAUACAAGCAGCUCCUGACUUGCUCCACUCCCUAUUUGGCACCCCUCACUCUAAAUGAGAAUUACAGUUCUUAUAGUUAGAAAUAUCUAGCAGUAUAAAUCAGGUCAAUAAAAGAAGAUUUUGCAGAGACAUCAUAUCUGAUUGCCACACUGCAGUCAGACAUUGGAGCUGGGUAAUUUUAAAAUAGAUUACUGUAUGAAUAAGCAAAUAAAUCUCUGAAGCCUCAUAAAUAAUGCUAAGGAAGGAAUGUAAUUGUAGGUACUGUAAUAACAUAUGGCAGUUGCGCACAGUGGACAGAGCAUACAAAAUGCAGGCAUGGAACAGUGCUAGAGAGAAGACAAGAUUAGAAGAGUAGGGACAGAAAAAGGACUACACUUUGCAAAUGGGGAGCAGGACAGUGAGCUGUGCGGACCACUGUGUAUACAAAAUGAGAUACUUUUUGCUUGAAAAUCAGACUGAUAAAGUACCCAGGAAAAAUGUUUGUUCAUCUUGAAAUACAUUAGUGAUACUGCCACUGCAAGAUAUAUUUUACCUAUAUUAAGUUUUGAAAAUCUAGAGUACACAAUCAGAAGACUUACCUCUGUGUUGGUUUUUCUUUGUUUAUUGGGUUUGUGUUCGGUUUUUUUUGACUACUCUCAGGAAAAUGAAGGAUUCUAAAUAAAAUAAGGGUGGUGCCUGGAAGUCCUCUCUACUCUUAUUAUUUGUACAACUGAUUAUUGUGUUUAUUACUAGCUGCAUUUGGCAAGAGAAAUAGUAUCUGAUAAGAAGUUAAAUCACCACUACCAAAGGCGACUUUCAUUUUAAAUGUGAUGGGCCAAAUCCCUAACAUUUAUAUGUGUGAAAAUGGAGGUGUUUAUUUUAGAUGGUUGGGGUUUGUGUUACGGUUGCUAAGAACUGUGACUUUCCACAGAGUGUUUUGUCAUUCUGGGAUUAAUAGGGCAUUUCUAAAGCUUAUUUAAGGUAAUAAAAAUAUUUGCAAUGAUUUAGUUAGCUUUGUCCAAGCUGAUGCGAGUCUUGAUACCAUUCACACUCUAAUGACAUUAUCAUUAAAAAUACUGUGUAAGAGGGUAGGAAGAUUAAGGAUCUGUUUCUCCACCUAAAAGCUGACCUGGUUCUUUACCUAAAACCCAAGACUAUAGGAUAAGUCAGUAUAAGAGUCAAAAAGAAGAAUUCCUUGCAAGUUUUCUUAUUCUACACGGUACUUGAGGUGGUAAGAGCUUUAUAUAAACUUUUAAGUCCUGAACUAGAAGACAACUAGUAUGUUGGACCAUAAUGGUUCAAUAGUUCAAUAUAGCAGGACGUUUUUCUGCAAUGAGUCUGCAACACUCAGGAGACUGCUGUUUAUUAUCAGCAUUGCAGGGAGGAAGAAGUAUUGUAAUAAGUACAUUAAGUCAUCUUAGGAGGAUGCUUUUUCUUUGUACUGUUUUUCCUUGGAAUGACAUAGCCUUGAGGGCACCCAUGAAUCCUGAUCAGCAAGGCUGCUUUUUCUGUAAGUGGCUGAAUAUUUGUACUUGUAAGGGCUGGUACAGUAUGGAAGGGGACAACUUUAGAGAAAAAGAAGGUAAUGAGGGAUGUGGUGUGGAAUACUGCUACCCCCAAGUCAGGUGAUAUUCUUGCCCUCGCUAGGCUACAGUUUGGGUUAUUCAGCACAUUUGAAAGCGCAUAUAGUUUUACAAGUUUUUGUAGCGGGGAUGCAGGCAUCCAGAAUCUAACAGGUAUAUACGUGCAUCUCCCUCAUUUUUGACAAUUACUUGAUAUAAUUUUAUACCAAGUUCUUUGUUUUUAAAGAAUUUCAGGCACUGAGAAUACAGAGUGCGUAUUUAUUUCUAAGCUUUAAGUAGAACACGUGGUGUAUUUUUUAAUCCUUUCCAUACUUUUCAGUUAAGUGUUCACAAGACUGUGUAUCAAAUACAAUACCAGGUUUUUGUACCUUUCUAUAAGCCAAUUUAAGUUUCAUCCAAAUUUGGUGUACGUCUUUCACAAAACACUAAAUGGGGAAUAUGUGCUUCAAGCAUUAAGAUGGGGUAUGUCCUUUUCUCCAUUUUCAUUGCAUUACAUUUCACUUUUUUCCUUUGAGGCAGAGAGAGCAGAUAUGAAAUAUGUGGAGUGUGUUAGGGGGGCACACAAUGUGUUUCGUUGUGCCUGGCUUCAACGAAUGUACUGUGAUGUUUGACUGCUCACAGAUUUGCAUAAUUAUCCACUCAGCUGAAUACAGGACUGUUGUGCUGUAUUUCCUGUUAUUCAAAAACAUUUGGGGAAAAGAUUUUUCUCUGUAUAAUUUUAUUUUCAUACUGAUCUCUAUUUUGUUUAAGACCAUGUUUCAUCAUGAAAUCACUUAAUUAAAAUAAAUCUUCUUACAAAAUCCA